AUGUUUGAUCAGUCCCGCCGGCUUUCGAUCCGAGCCAGCACUUUCUCCAGCCCUGGCUCGGGGCCCACCCUGAAAUCACCGGUGACCAACAACAUCGAGUCUGAGUUUGGCGAGGAGCUCUAUACGCUGCUGCUGGUUACUUGUUACAGCGAGGACCAGGAGGGACUGUACAACACCAUGUCGUCUCUGGCUGCAACGGCCUAUUCGGAUCAAAAGAAGAUGCUCUUUGUCAUAGCCGACGGCAUCAUCACCGGCUCGGGCAACCCCAAGCCCACUCCAGACAUUGUCCUCGACAUGCUCGAGAUUGACCCGGCGUUCGAGUUCCCGCCCAUGCCCCUGUCGUAUCUCGCGGUUGCGGACGGAAGCAAGCGACAUAACAUGGCCUGCGUCUAUGCCGCUUGGUUCAACUACGAAGGCAGACGCAUUCCAACGAUCCUGAUUGUCAAGACAGGUACUCCGCGGGAGCGCAACGGUCCCAAGCCCGGCAACCGCGGCAAGCGAGACUCGCAGAUGAUUCUGAUGUCGUUCCUCAACAAGAUCACCUUUGACGACCCCAUGGUCCCGCUCGAGUACGACCUGUUCCAGAAGAUGCGCCAUCUUAUGGGAGUCACCCCCGACAACUUUGAGAUUGUGCUCAUGGUCGACGCCGACACCAAGGUGGCCCCGGACUCACUCGCAAGAAUGGUUGCCUGCAUGGUCGACGAUCCGCUUGUCAUCGGGCUCUGCGGCGAGACCCGCAUUGCCAACAAGACCGAGUCGUGGGUCUCACGCAUCCAAGUGUUUGAGUACUAUCUGUCGCAUCACCUCAACAAAAAAUUCGAGUCCGUCUUUGGCGGCGUCACCUGUCUGCCGGGCUGCUUCUGCAUGUAUCGCAUCAAGUGCCCCAAAGACGGCAAGUGGGUCCCGAUUCUGUGCAAUCCCGAGAUCAUCGACACCUACUCCGAGACGGUGGUGGACACGCUGCACAAGAAAAACCUACUCCUGCUCGGAGAAGACCGGUUCUUGACGACUCUGAUGCUGAGGACCUUCCCGCACCGCAAGAUGAUCUUUGUCCCCAAGGCGUUCUGCAAGACGAUGGUGCCAGCCAAUUUCCGGGUGCUGCUCUCUCAGCGGCGGCGGUGGAUCAACUCUACGAUCCACAAUCUCUUUGAGCUCGUUCUGGUGCGGGAGCUCUGUGGCAUCUUUUGCUUCUCAAUGCAGGCCGUGAUCCUGCUCGAGCUGAUCGGCACGCUUACGCUUCCGGCAGCCAUCAUCUUCACAACUGUCUUGAUCAUCAUGAGUUUCUACCAGGGCAUCACCGGAGGGGUUGCUGCCGUCCCUUGGGUUCCGUUGGCGCUCCUGUUUGCCAUCCUGGGUCUGCCGGCCGUCCUGAUCCUGCUCACCAGCAGGCGGCUGGUGUACAUCUACUGGCUCGUUGUCUACCUGCUCGCCCUGCCGAUCUGGAACUUUGUCCUCCCCGUGUAUGCCUUCUGGCAUUUCGACGACUUUUCUUGGGGCGAGACGCGCAAGGUCCAAGGAGAAGGUGCCGACGGCGGCCAUGGCGAAUCGGACGGCCACUUCGCCGGAAACGUCAAGAUGAGACGGUGGUGCGAGUGGGAAUACGAGCGCAGGAGAUUGCAGCGCGAGCUGUAUUCCGAGCCUCGCGAAGCAAUCGGAGCCGCUGACGGCGAAAUCGUCGCAGCGCCAGCUCGAACAUCCUCAAGCCGCCGCAUCUAG